UCAUUUGUUAAAAUAUGUAGAUGAUUUGUUAUUGGCCAACAAACGCAGCGUCCAUCUUCCAACACGUGCCAAGGCAGCGUAAUCUCCCGAAAACAUGAUGCUGCAGCAGAGAAUCUUGUCAGACGCGAAGUGUGUUGACCUCCAUCAUCCCAAGCUGUGGCAGAUGUGCUCAGUGCCUUAACAUUUACCAGGACUGCAUGGUUAGAUUGGAUUCAUAUGCCUUGGAGUCAAAUGGAGAGGGCAAAAGAGGAGUCAAAGCUCCCUGCUCCUUGUGUUUUGUGGCCUGUGGAGCUGAAGUUGACCCACAUUGACUGCAGUCCUGAGGACACACUGGUGCACUUUCAGGGCCAAUAUAUGACCAUCUGUGAACUGGACUACAACAUUCUUCAAGUUGAAAUUCAAAAUGCUGUGAAAUCGAAAGUUUCUGUUAAAGUCGGAGAGCUUUGUCUGGUUGAAGAUGCCGUGUCUGGUCGCUGGUUCAGAGGAAGGGUCCAAAACAUCAAGGGCGAUUUGUUCCACGUCUUUUUGCUCGACCAUGGAGAUGUGUUGAUUGUUGGGCCUGGCCAUUUAUCCUCUAUAUCUGACACUCUGCUUAUGCUCCCUCCAAAGAUUGUCUGUGGUUUCUUUGCCAAUAUACUUCCAGUCCAGAACCGAUGGGACAGUUUGACACAGAGUUAUUUCUCUUCCCUGAUAGGCAGUCAGAUUAAAGGAUAUAUCCAUGCCCGUCUGCCAUACCACGUCCUCAUACUUGAGGUUCCAGACAUUAAUUGUGACUUGUUAAAACUGAGGCUUGGGAGGCAUGUGGACACAAGUACAUUUCUGCUACUAGUUGAGAUGCUUAUUGAGGAACCGAUUCCACAAAGCAAUGAAUCCGUCCCAGAUCUCUUGAUUGAAAAGCAAAUAGGGCAAGAAUGUUGCCUCAAAUCCUCAAGCCUGCUGGGCUUCGACGAGAUUCUCACACUUAAUGGCCCAAAGCUGAAAGUUGGUCAAAAAGCAAGAGUCGUCGUAGCCGCAGCCGUGAACCCUCGAUUAUUCUACUGUCGACUCUCAUCCAUGAGUAAGGACCUACAAGAAAUGUCAAACAAAUUGGCACUUGCAUGUGAAUCAGGGAGUGGUUCCAUAAGCAGUAAACCUCUUGAAAAUCUCGGCUUGCUUUGUGCAGUCAAAGGGAAAGAUGAAAAAUGGCACAGAGGAUUUGUGCAAUGUCUCCCUCUCAACUCUCAAGUCCGAGUUGUGUUUGUCGACAGCGGCUAUUGUGAAUCAGUGAAAGUUGAAAACAUCCUUCAGCUGCCAUUUGAAUUCAUCUCAGCACCAAUCAUGGCAUUCCCAUGUUCGCUUUCAUGCUUGGAAGAACAGGAUGAGACCAUUAAAAACCAACAACUAGAGCUUCUCAAGACUGGAUUGCUGGGAAAGUCUUUGGAGAUUGAAAUAGAUUACUUUUGCAAAGAUCAGAACAUCUACUUGGUCACAUUGAGCACUGCUGAGAAGCACUCAGAAGAGCAAGCUGAUGUUAAAAUGCCUGAAAGUGAAAUUUUCGACAGCAAGUCCAACUUUCCCCAGAGUGUGCUUGCAAAGAUGUAUGCAACAGAGAUGAAAGAAGUCCAGACUUCUGAUACGGUUCCUAGUGAAGCAGUACCUGAAGGUUCAUUUUUUGAGGGUUAUGUGGUGCACGUCCAAAGUCCAAAACAUUUCUGGAUAAGGACAAAAGAUCAAAAUCUUGAUUUUGAAAACAUGACUGCAGAAAUCACUGAUUACUUUAGCAAACUACAGCUGAAGGAUGAAGUUUUUGAAGACCCAGUGCCUGGUGCACUUUGCUGUGCAAUGUACGAAAAAGACAUGCAUUACUACAGGGCCCUUAUAGUAGACACUCUGGAGAAAGGAGCUGAGGUGUUUUUCAUCGACUUCGGGAACACUGAAAAGGUGCCAAGCAUGUUAAUUAAGAAGCUCCCCAGAAAGUUUGCCAGUCAGCCAGAAUUUGCUCUGAAAUGUGCUUUAGCACAUGUCGCACCAUUUGAGGACAUUUGGACAACUACAGCAUCCAACUUCUUUCGGCAAGUCACAUCAGACAAAACUUUGACAGUUCAUGUCAUCCACAGGAAAAAUGGCAAAUAUGUUGUUGAUCUUUUUGAGAGAGGAGCUGAAAAUAACACUAGCAUUGCAACCAUCAUGACAACAGCAAAAAUGGCCUUGGAUUGGAGAUACAACCCGGCAUUAGCAUCUGUUAAAGUGGAGACGCAAUGUAACGAUAAUGGAAAUGCCCUGGGCAAGAAAAAAAAUAGAAAGCCUGAUCAUGUGGUGACCUUUCACAACGUCGCAUCUUCCAGGCCCAAUCAUGUGUUCUUUGAACAACAGAUUGACGCUGAGACACCUAAACCAAAGGUCAACACUCCUGACACUUUCAAAUCGACGCAUUUCAAACCAGGAUCUAAAUUGCAUGUCAUUUGCUCACAUGUAAACUCUCCGUCUGAUUUCUGGUGCCAAAACGAAAGCACAAAAGUUGAUCUGGACAAGUUGAUGAAAGAGAUGCAGGCGUUUUACCAAACGCACACAGUUGCAUUCAAGCCACAUUCAGUAUGUUGUGCUGUCAAGUUUCUGCAGGACAACCGAUGGCAUAGAGCACGCAUUUUAGAAGAAAAAAUUGACAAACUGUCUGUGAUGUUGGUCGACUUUGGCAUAAGUAUCCAGGAAGAGAGGCAAAACAUCCAAGCUCUUGCACCACAGUUCUUUGAACUUCAUGAACAAGCAUUCAGAUGUGCUUUGAGCUUGAUUGAACCUGUCGGAGGAAGUUCUUGGAGUGCAGAAGCAUGCAGUUUGUUCAGGGAUUUUUGUGAGGGUUCGUCCACUGUAUGCAGAAUUCAUUCCCAACUCUAUGAGGAAGAAAAAGGUCUCCUCAAUGUGGUCACCAUUCAUACACCUCUUCAACAGGCCACCACAUACCUUGUGGAGAAAGGCGUUGGAAUGGAAAUGCAAACUCCGAAGCAGCUACUCCCAUCAGCCCAUCCUCGCUCUUUCGUUUACUCUUCUUUCAACAUAACUCCUGGAAGUGAAGAACUGGUGCAUGUUACUCAAGUUCGCAGUCCUUGGGAAAUCUAUGUUCAGCUUGACAGGAAUACAGAGAUUGUUGAAAUGCUGAUGGAGAGAAUUGAAGAAGAAAGUCAGCUCUUGACUAUGACAUCUGAGGACUACAGUGGUAAUGUUUGCCUGGCUAAAUAUAUCUGUGACAACCAGUGGUACAGGGCUCUGACGCACCCUGUUCAAUCCCAUCAGCAUGUGAGUGUGUUCUUUGUCGAUUAUGGUGAUAUGCAAAUUUCGGAGAAAACAAAUGUCAUGCCGAUUCCCACAACGGCAGUUGACUUAUUGAUGACACCAAUGCAGGCUCUGAGAUGCAGUCUUUUGAAUGUUCCAGAGGGGGAACAUUUGCCAGAAGUCAAUGCGUGGCUUGAGACCGACAUCCUCAACAAAUCCUUCCAUGCCAAGUUUGUGUCAAGGGACAACAACGGACAUUUUGUUUGUGAUCUUUAUGAUGGAAAUGUGCUUGUCAAUGAAAAAGUCAAAGAGCUCAUGUCAACUCAGGGUGUGGAAGAACAUGAUCCGGCUGCCAGCAAACCUGCCUUAGAUUCCCACCAAGAAGUAGCGGAUGUUGCCGUUUCAAAGAGUAAAGUGAUCUCCAAAGUGAGCGGACGUGGUAAAACCAAACAGGUUGAUAAGCAAAUUCUGAAACUGACAAAAUCUCCCAAAGCAGAAUGCAAAGGACCAAUAAAUGCCGAAGGACAAAACACGCCCUGUUCUUUUAAAGUGGUGCUGCCUCAUCAAACCUUGCCAAAACUUGGUGAUCUUCCUGCUGUCAAUUUUAAACCAGGUUUUAAAGGUGUGGGCUUCAUCUCUCAUUGCAAUUCUGUUCGAAGCUUCUUCGUUCAGAUGGAAGACGAUGAACCAAACAUCCUUCAGAUGGGCGAGGAACUAAACAGCACUGUCUUCAAAGAUAACAUGAAAAAUUUGGAAACCGAAGUAAGAGUAGGGGACCUUGUUGUGGCUGAGUUUGAAGAAGACUUGGCUUUGUACAGAGCUGUUGUCACCAACGCGUCAAACUGUGGCCACUUAGCAGUCGAGUUUAUCGAUUACGGCAAUACCGCAACUGUCGACAGGAAGAAUGUUCACAUGCUAACCAGUAUGUUUUUGUCUCAGCCCAGACUGAGCACUCAGUGCACGCUUGCGAAACCUUACUCUUGUAAAAAUGAAGACUCUUUUAUCAAGGAAGCAGCUGGUAGGCCUUUAAUGGUUGAAUUCAUUCGAAAGCUCUCAAAUUCAUGGGAAGUGAGGAUUGAGGUUGUUGAGGAUGCCCAGGUGCAUGGCGAAUCAAAGUAUGAUGGUUAUCAGAGCAAAGAAGUAGAUCUGAUGAGUCAGAAAGCAUCCCAGAGCAAAAACAAAACAGAAACCGUCCAGCAGAAGACAAUCCCAUACAGGCAACAAUGCAAAUGUGAACUCAAAAACACUCAGAAAGAAGUUAGAAGCUUCCAGCAUAAGACGAAGUCAAACACACAACAACGCAACAGCGAACUUGGAAGCGGUCAGACAGUUGCAACAAAACAAGUGAAGAAGUCAGUCACCUUCUUACCAACGUGCAUCAAAACCAAAGAGUUUUUUAGAAAGAGAACAAGAAAGAGAAAGGUUAACUACCAACCACAAUGUGCGACAAGCAUUUCAGUAACUAAAAAUUCAAGUAUGUUCAAGGAAAAGGUUUCUCCUUAUCCUAAAGACCUUGAAACCUCUAAGUCACCUGUUGGCGUCUCUCUGCACGAUGUGAAAGAUGACAAGUCAGUGAAAAGUCCUGAUAAGUCGCUUGUUGUUGAUGACCAUCCUCACUUCCCGAAGAGCCGCAGUUCCCGUUUGGAUCGACCACAGACUCUAUUCCAAGCCCCUGUCCAAAUGAACUUUGAAUAUAAAGGAUUCACAGCGGCAGUCACAACCCCGUCCGAAUUUUACGUCAUUCUCGAAGACCUGCUUUUGAUUGUAGAUACAGUCUCUGCCAUUCUUGAGAACCUACCCGAAGCCUUGGCACCAUUACCAGAGGUUCAUUUCGUUCCUGGUGCGAGCUGUUUGGUGAAAUCGGCGGAGAAGAGGAAAUGGUGCAGGGCGGAGAUCGUGCAGUGCGAUUCCACGUCGGUGCUCAUGAACUUGGUUGACUAUGGGCAGUAUGUCGUUCUGUCUCGUCGGGAUGCUCGCCAGCUGAAAAAACUUCCAGAGGAGCUCGGUAGAUUACCUAAAGUCACCUACCAUUGUCUACUGAGGGGAGUUAAACCCAAAGGCCAGGACUGGUCUGACGAGGCCAUUGUUUUCUUCCAGAACUCCAUGUGUCACAGCAACCUUCAGAUACGUUUCAGACAGCAUGUUUCUGAGACACAAUGGGAGGUCGACAUUGUCACUGGAAAGCGAAAUCUCGCAAAAGAGUUAGUAGAUGCUGAUCAUGCCAUGUAUAUUGAUAAUAUGCUUGGAAUCAGGUUUCAGCAAGAGCAAGGAGCCAAUAGAGAAUCUAAACAAGACAUCACCAGCAGUGUGAAUGUUUUUUCCACGAUGACUGAGCACACAAGCAAAGCCGAAUGUUCUCAGCCACUCUUUUCAGAGGAGUCCAUGUUUGAUCAAAAGUCAUUUCAAGAUUCUGUUGGGGAGCGAUACACACAUCCUAUGAAUAGGGGUGAAAAUCUUGGACCUGCAGAGAGGGCAACGCUUAGUACAUCAGGUACCAAACAAUGUGAGCUGAUGUGAGACGGCCUGUUCUUCAACAGAGACGCUGGCGAAUUACGCUCGACAUUGCACUUAAGCUUUGGAAUGGCUGUGUUUAAUUUAAUUUUUUUGUUUCAGUAAUGAUGUUCUAUAAGUGUGUUUUGUACAAAUGGAGCAUUUUGUUUUAUGGAAUAGAUGGUAUAGUUUGUGUUGUUCAAACAUUAUAUUCACAGAUCUUAAAAUUGUAAGAUUUUAAACAUGAAACUCUAUAUCACUUUAUUUUUGAUGAAAAAAAUCUAGUUUUAGAACUAAAGGCUUGAUUUCCAGGUUUUUGCCAGGUCUUAUGUAUCUAUAAAUGGACGUGUGACUGAUGAAAUAUACAAUUUAAGUUCUGAACAGCAAACCUUUGUUUAGUAUUUAAAAGAACUGACAUUUGACCUCUGUUUGAUUGUGCUGUUUAACACAGUGUGUGUGAAAAUGUUAAUUUUUCCAGUUCUGUUGGAACACACAA